GUUUAUAAAUAAUAACGAAAUGGAUCCUGAAAAAAAUUUACAUCGAUUGGAAGGUAGUUCUUUGGUAAGAGGUGGUUUAAUUACAAAGAAAAAACUUCACGUUUUCAAAGUCCCUCAAGUAUCAUUAUUUGGUUUAGAUAAAUUGGCCGCUCAAAAGAAAAGAGAAAGAGAAGCAGCAAAUAAAAUAUCAUUCGAUAUCAAUGGAAGUGACAAUAAUGAAGAAGAAUAUAUUGUUAAAGAAAAAUUUGACAAACACGGAACUAGACGCAAAUUUAGAGAACCUCAAGCAGAAACCCCAACUUAUACUGGAGGUAUCAGCAAAGAAGCCCGAAAACGGUUGAAAGAACGAAUUUCUAUUAAUCAAUCUAAAGGGGUAUAUGCGACUACCAAAAACAAAAAAGAUUUGAAUGAGGAAAAUAUACAUAAAGACAGUUCAGAGAAACAUGAUUGGAGUGAAUAUUCUAAUGUGAGCAAAACACCUAGAUUUAAAGAUGAACCGAAAACACCCAAUGGUUACAUCAAGGAUAGCACAUCAAUAACUUCGUGGGAUGAAGAUGAUGCUCCUGCUGCCAGGAUAUCAUCUUGGGAUUUUCCCACACCUUCAAUUCAUAAGUCUAAAAAUGGAGAUUGGUCAGAAAGAAGUAGUAAAUAUAACAGAGAAGAGAAAUACUAUAGGUAUGAUAAUGAUACUCCCAGACCAACACCAGCACACAAAUAUAAUGCUUGGGCCAAAGACAGGAAAAAAACUGGAGCCACUCCCAAGGAAGGUGAAAGAGAAAAGGUCAAAUGGGAUAAUACAGUAGAUAGAAAAAACUGGGAGGAAGAACAAAGAAGAUUAGACAGAGAAUGGUAUAACAUGGAUGAAGGAUAUGAUAAUGAAAAUAAUCCAUUUUCAAGUGUGAGUGAUGAAUAUACCAGGAAAAAAGAAGAACAGUUAGAACAGAGGAAAAAGAAAAGGCUUUCUGCACAGCAGAGGCAAAUAAAUAAAGAUAAUGAAUUAUGGGAGAGAAAUAGAAUGCUUACAUCAGGUGUUGUGCAGUCAGUAGACCUUAAUGAAGACUUUGACGAAGAAUCAAUAGACAGAGUUCAUCUGCUAGUUCAUAACAUAGUGCCUCCUUUUCUUGAUGGUAGGAUAGUAUUUACAAAACAACCUGAACCUGUUAUCCCUGUUCGAGACCCUACAUCAGAUAUGGCAUUGGUUGCUAGAAAAGGUUCACAUCUUGUCAGGGUUUACAGAGAACAGAAGGAAAGAAGAAAAGCACAAAAGAAGCAUUGGGAAUUAGGAGGGACUAAGUUUGGUAACAUAAUGGGUAUAAAGAAAACCGAGGAUGAAGAAGAUAAAAAAUAUAAUAAAGAAGAUGACAGUACAGAUUACAAGACUGAUCACAAAUUUGCUGAACAUAUGAAAGAUACAGGUACGGCUAGUAGUGAUUUUUCUAGAAAAAAAACUAUAUCUGAGCAGAGAAGAUAUUUACCUGCUUUUGCUGUUAGACAAGAAUUAUUAAACAUAAUUAGAGAGAAUUCUGUAGUAAUUAUAGUGGGAGAAACAGGAAGUGGAAAAACUACACAACUAACUCAGUACUUACAUGAAGAAGGAUAUAGUAAAUAUGGUAUGAUAGGAUGUACACAGCCUCGAAGAGUUGCAGCUAUGUCAGUGGCUAAAAGAGUAAGUGAUGAAAUGGGAACUCAGUUAGGAGAAGAAGUGGGUUAUGCUAUUCGAUUUGAAGACUGCACUUCUGAGAAAACUGUCAUAAAAUAUAUGACUGAUGGUAUACUUCUCAGAGAAAGUUUACGUGAAUCAGAUUUGGAUCAUUAUAGUGCUAUCAUUAUGGAUGAAGCUCAUGAACGAUCCUUAAGUACUGAUGUACUUUUUGGUUUGUUAAGAGAAAUUGUUGCCAGACGUCAUGAUCUUAAAUUGAUUGUUACUUCUGCUACUAUGGAUAGCAGCAAAUUUUCAUUGUUUUUUGGAAAUGUACCUACUUUUACAAUACCAGGUCGAACAUUUCCUGUAGAAACAUUGUUCAGCAAAAAUCCUGUAGAAGAUUAUGUAGAUGCAGCAGUAAAACAAGCUUUGCAAAUUCAUCUUCAGCCACCAUCAGGUGACAUUCUCAUCUUUAUGCCAGGUCAAGAAGAUAUUGAAGUAACUUGCGAAGUUUUAGCGGAAAGACUAAAAGAAAUAGAUAACGCUCCAGAAUUGUCCAUUCUACCAAUUUAUUCUCAGUUACCGUCAGAUCUUCAAGCUAAAAUAUUUCAGAAAUCUCCUGAAGGUAUAAGAAAAUGUGUAGUUGCUACAAAUAUAGCUGAAACAUCUUUAACUGUUGAUGGAAUUAUUUUUGUUAUUGAUUCUGGUUAUUGUAAAUUGAAAGUUUAUAAUCCUCGAAUUGGUAUGGAUGCUUUGCAGAUUUAUCCUAUUAGUCAAGCAAAUGCUAAUCAACGUUCAGGAAGGGCAGGUCGUACUGGCCCUGGUCAAGCUUUCAGGCUAUACACUGAAAGGCAGUACAAAGAUGAACUACUGAUAACUACAGUACCUGAAAUUCAAAGAACAAAUCUCGCAAAUACAGUGUUGUUAUUAAAAUCACUUGGUGUACAAGAUUUGUUACAGUUCCACUUUAUGGAUCCUCCCCCUCAAGACAAUAUUUUGAAUUCAUUAUAUCAGUUGUGGAUAUUAGGAGCUUUAGAUCAUACUGGCGUUUUGACAAAAUUAGGUAGACAAAUGGCAGAAUUCCCUUUAGAUCCUCCACAAUGUCAAAUGCUGAUAGUCUCAUCUCAAAUGGGCUGUACAGCAGAAAUUCUUAUAGUAGUUUCCAUGUUAUCGGUUCCGUCGAUUUUCUAUCGUCCAAAAGGGAGAGAAGAAGAAGCAGAUGCUGUGCGAGAAAAAUUUCAGGUACCUGAAAGUGAUCAUCUAACAUUUCUCAAUGUAUAUAACCAAUGGAAGCAAAACAACUAUUCUUCUCAUUGGUGUAAUGAACAUUUUAUUCAUGUUAAAGCUAUGCGAAAAGUAAGAGAAGUGAGACAACAGUUGAAAGAUAUUGUCAUCCAACAGAAAUUGGAAAUUCAAUCAUGCGGAAGUGAUUGGGACAUUGUCAGAAAAUGUAUUUGCUCUGCUUAUUUCCAUCAAGCUGCUAGAUUGAAAGGAAUUGGUGAAUAUGUAAACUGUAGAACAGGCAUGCCUUGCCAUUUACAUCCAACAUCGGCAUUAUUUGGACUCGGCAAUACUCCCGACUAUGUAGUGUAUCACGAAUUAGUGAUGACUGCUAGAGAAUAUAUGCAAUGUGUUACAGCUGUAGAUGGACAUUGGUUAGCUGAAUUAGGUCCAAUGUUCUUUUCCCUAAAAGAAACUGGUAAAUCGGGACGAGCAAAGAAAAAACAAGCAGCUGAACAUCUAUUGGAAAUGGAGAGUCAAAUGCAGAUGGCACAAGAAGAAAUGAAAGCGAGAAAGGAAGCCGCAGAAAAAAAAGUUGCUGCAAUGAACAAAGGACAAGAAAUUAUUUCUGCAGGGACCACACCGAGACGAACACCUUCCAGAUUUGGGCUGUAACAUAUAAAUAAGACUAUAUCUUGUCAACUAGAAAAAAAAUUAUACAGAGAAGAUAAUGCAACACACUUCUGAUAUGAAAAGUCUGAUAGUUUGGCACUUUCAUUGAUAAGACAAUUGGAAAAUUAUGUUCCACUCAUUGACGAUAAUCAACAUCGUAAAAUAGUUGAUUAAACAUCAAGAGUGAGAGUCCAAUGUCAAAACGCUAGGGAAAAUGACUUUUAUCCGAGCGCAAAAAAUUAGAUUUUCUCUUGAUAUUAGAUUGUUUCCAAAAAACCAACUUCAUGGAAUCGAUUUUACCAUUUAACAAUAUAUACAAAUUAAUUGAGGUACUUCUCUGCAUUCAUCCAAAGACAAAAAUUAAAACUUUGUUAUAAUAAAAGUAAUAAUUAUUGCAAACCACGAAGAACUCUAGUGGUGCAAUAACAUUAGAUAUUUCUUUUAUUGUUGCUAAUUUGAUUUCAUCUAUUUUAUGUGACUUUCCAUUACCUAAUGAAUUCUUCAAUCUUUGAAAAAUUAUAAAUUUUUUUUAUAUAAUUUUUGUAGCUUAUAUUUUUUCAGUAUGAGUUUUCUAGACUCAUAACACUAAUUCUAUUUUAUCAUUUCACCAAGAACAACCAACAAUAACAUAUCCCACUCCUAAUUAAUAGGUGCAAACAAAAAUCAAAAACAAUAAGAUCCAGUCUAUAGUUGAAUGAGAGGAACAACAUCAAUAUCCAAAUCAUUCAAAGUGUCAAAUAUUUCAUUUAUUAAAAAAAAUCGGUCGCUUCAUAACAACAGAAUUUUUUAUAAAUUUUUUUGAGAAAUUGGAGAGUGUGCAAGGCAUCAAGAUAAUAUCUGUUAUUUUUCUGCAAAAACUAUGAACUUGGUUAUUGUUAAACAUUGAAAACACAAUUAAAAAUAUAUCUGUCUAUUAUAGCCGUUUCUGGUUAUUUUAAUUCCAGGAAUUUAAGAUGUGAAUCAGUAAAUGUUAACUUUUAUAUACACAAUAAUGUUCAGAAAGUCAUGUGUUUAACAAUAGGCAUUUAGAAAGAUUAGAUAAGUGAAAUAAACUUGUUGACAAGAUCAAAAAAUAAACAGUAGAAAAUGGUAUAAAUACCAUUUAGAAUUAUAUCAUUAUUUUAAGAAUUCAUUUUUUACAAUUGUAACUUUAUAUUUUUUAUUUAUUUAUUAUUAUACAGACCAGAUGUUUGUGACUAAACAUCUGCAAGUCAUUUACAAAUUGUAACUGGUAAGAAUUGAUCAUAGUGUACAUUUAAUAUGAAAGGUUAGAUAAGUUAACACUAUUCUUACCAUGACCAAUCAAGUUAGAAUUUGUAGAACCAUUGGUUAUAUCUGAAUAUCAGACUAUUUACACUAAGACAACACACGCACACAAGAAAUUCCUUUAUGUUUUUGGUUUGAUGUGCAAGAAUUUUUCCACAAAUUUGAAAUGAUUUUAGGUCGAAAUUCGUCCAAGAAAUAAUAUCUAGACAACUAAACUGCAAGAAUGUAUCUAUGCAUUCAAACCCGUAAAUUGAAAAUAAAUCAUAAUAAACUAACUUGCCACUAAUAAAGAUCUUUUACGAAAAGUGCAGAUCUAAGUAUUUUUAAAUUUCACAGUUCUCUUUUUAUCCGUCAUUAAGAAUAGCAAAAACGGGCAAAAAAACUCAGAAAAAACUGCUGGUUUGAAAAAUCUAAUUAUAGAAAAUGAAUAUCUACCUGAAAAGUACUCCAGCGCUGAUGAAAAAGAAAAAUAAUUUUAGAUAGUCAUGAAGAGAAUGAUGAGAAAGAACUUGAAACUGCUUCUAAUUGAAUUGUUUAGAAAUAUAUAAAGGAAGGCUCUAAUCCUGGCAAAUCAAUAAGUAUAUUUUUAGGGAAGCAUCAGAUCGGACCGGCUAUGCAAGCGAAAAUUUGAAAUGUUCAGGUAUAACGGCAGUUACUCUUAUCAUUGAGAAUUAUUUUAUACAAAAUAUAAUAAAAUAUAUAGAAGCAGAAGAUCGAUUGUUAAAAUAUUGGGAGUUAUCUACUAAAAAGUUAGAUGCUUUUUUUGACACUUCUGUAUGCUCGGGAAUGUAGGUAAAAAUCUAAAUAUAGCAAUAUUGUGGAGUAAUAAAAAUGGGGUCUAAUAUUUUGUAUCAAUACAAUGAGUCAAAAUAACUAAUAUAGUGGCAUCUUUUAGUUCGAUGAUAAAAACCAAAGGAGACAUGGUUAAAAUUUAUAUUAUUGAUGAUUAAUUAUAUCCAACAUAAGGGAGAUGUAGAUUCCUACAACACAUACCAAAUUAACCGAACAAAUUUAGUAUCAAAUCCUGGAUAGUGUCCAAUGUAAGAAGCAAAUAUAUAAUAUGGGGAUUUUCUUAAUUAGCAAGAAACGAUAGAAGAUAUUCUUGUAUCCCAAUUGUAUAAUUUGAAAUUAGUGGAAUCGUAUAUAGGAUGUGGAAUGAAUGUAACUACUGAGAACUUUUUUCUGUCUCUUACUGAAAAAACUUCUAGCAAAAAAAUUACAAUAGUGGGGACCACCCGAUAAAACAAAAAGAAAUUGACAAUCUGAUCCAAAGUACGGUUAUACAAUAACUAGGCAGAAGCACCUAUGAAGCAAGGUAUUUCAGACCUAUCGCCUUUCCCAAUAAAAACGUUGAGAACAAAAAUAUGAACACAAGUCGAAAGAUAAGACUGUACAACGUAAUAAAAUACAUCGAGGGAGCAUAUUAGUACAGUACUACAUAGUUAAACCAACUAAAAAAAAGUUCUGUUUUUCAGCACGAAUUUGUCGAAAAAGAAAAAAUAAUAGCCAUAUACCAGAGAUAAUGAGUAUAGUCAAAAGCAAGAAAUUCAGCAUAGAUCUAGAAAUUAUACUGUCAAAUCAAAGUCUUCAAGAUGGCUAUUGUAAGAAUUUUUCAACAUUUAGGACUUAGCUGGGGUAAAUACAUGGAUUUCAUAUAAAAAAAUCACAAGUAAAAAGAUAACCAAGGGAAGAAUUUCAAUUGAUAAAAGAACUUUCUUCCAAAUAUAAAAAAAACAACGGCCAGCAAAAGAUGAACAAUCAGUAUCUGUGGUAUACGGAAUAGAAAACUUGCCAAAUCAGACAAUGAAAAAAGGUUAAAAUUUUUGUUCCAAAAAGUAAUUUCUG